GAAAUUGCACAAGCCCACUCUCCAAGCAGUCAAGCACCAACCUGUCAAGCUAGACAAUACUAGAGGUCGUUCAAAAUACUGCCUUCCAAGCAAAAGAUGGUUAAGCAAAAGAUUGUUCUGAAGUUACCAUUGGAUGGCGAGAGGAACAGGAGGAAGGCCUUCAAGGCCACUGUUGGCAUGGCAGGUGUGACAUCCGUCACGAUGGAGGGGGACAAGAUCAUCAUCGUGGGCGACGGCAUCGACACGAUCGGGCUGACGACGAUGCUCCGGCGCAGCUUAGGCCGCGCCGAGCUCGUCAGUGUGUCUUCCGGCGAUGACAAGAGGAAAGACGUCUAUGGGUACGGGGGAGAAAAGAACGGUUAUGGAUACGGCGGAGAAAAAAACAGCUACGGUGGAGCUGGCAAUGGCGGUGGCAAAGACUCCAAGGGUGGCGGCGGCUACCAUCAGAACGCGGUGGUGCCGAUGCAGUACCCCGCGUACCAUCAGUACAACGCCAUGCCGUCUUACCCUGCCUACUCCUACCCUGCUCACGUUUAUCAGCAACAAGAACAGGAUCCCGGAUGCAGCAUAAUGUAGGUGCCUAGACGAGAAGAGCUGGGGCAGAUUCGAAAAAAAAAGACUCAAGGGUCAAGGCUCAAGUUAAGGACAUGCUAAAAAGCCUGAACUGAUCAAGCGAACCACAAUGAGGCCAGAGAUGUGAUGGAUGCUUGAGCUGG